UGAGACCAAAAUGUAUUCCUCUGAUUUGAUUAAUUGUAUUCAGUUGGGCUUUUGUCCUUGUUUUUAACAACAUAUAUUUUCUUCCUUGCUCUUUUUUUUGUAUAAAAAAUAUGGUCACUUGAGCCCUGGAAUGCAUUAUAUGGCCAAAAGUAUUUGGACACAUGAUUGUAAGCUUGUUGGACAUCCCAAUUCAAAACAAACGGUAUAAAAACAAAGUAAUCUGUAUGUAAUCUUAUCAGCUAGUUUUCUGAGAAGGCUUCUCACAAGACUUAAAAGUAUGUCUGUGGGAGUUUGUGCCUAUUCAGUCAGAAGAUGACAGCAUUUGUAUGGCUGGGAGACAAUGUUUGAUGUUUCGGUUCAUGCUUUGGACAAUUGGUCAACUUUAAAUGUUUCAGAUAUUCCAAAUGAUUUAAAAAGACACCAUGGUGUUAAGAUAAAAACAACAACAGCAGCUUUUAAAUAUUUGUUCCAUUUAUUUAAAAUAAUGAUUAAUUCAGAAAUGUAUUUAUUUAACCAUAGCGAUGCUCUCCAGAUGGGUGGAUUUCAAUGACGUCUAAAAGGCUUUUGCUUUUUCUCAGGGUGAUACAGGUUUGGAGUACAUUUCUAUAUUUAAUAAAUGGAACAUUUAAAAGCUGCAUUUUGUGUUUUCUGUAUCUUACAAUUAGUUGGCAGAUCUGAAACAUUUACAUUUAACAAAAUAGCAAAAAAUAUAAGAGACAGAGGAGGGGCAAAUACAUAUUUCACAGCACUGUAACUAGAAUAAUAAAAAGCAGAUUAUACUGUACAGAAAAAAUAAAUAACUUUGUGGUCAGAUUCAUCUGUGCUGUUCUGUUGUGUUGAGUAUUUUCAUACAGCGUCACUUGUGUAUCUGUGACAAUUUCCUCAGAAUUCAGCCACUCUAUUAUUGUACACAAAGACCUACACAAACAAACACAAAUCUAGUCAAAUGAGCUUCCGCUUUUAUUCAGAAGCGUCAUUUCAUCUGUAACUCCAUAUAGCUAAAAUAAAGCCAUCAUUAUUAUUAUCAUCAGUUCAGGCUGGAGAGCAUCACAAACCCUUAUACUAACACCAGAACUGAUGAAGCUUCAAUUCUGAUUUCAUCGAGAAAGCUUUUAAACAUUCAACUGUAAAAUCAGAUUAUUGGAUUAAUUAGAAUGGAGAUGAGUGAGGAAAUAUAUGACAAUGAUGAAAUUUACGUGAAUGAGAACAUUGUGGAGAACCCUACGACCGGAAACAAGCAGCAGCCUCCAAACUCAGGAUUCAUCACUGCAUGGAGCUGGUGGCACAAACUGGUUUUAGCGUGUCUGGGGCUCUUCUGUGUUUUUCUCCUGAUAGUAAUCAUAGUACUGGGAGUCUAUAUCAGCCUGAAUGUAGAAGGAGAGCAGUUGCAGAAGGAAAACAAUGAGCUCCUAAAGAAGUUGAUUGAACUACAGCGAGAAUGUAUGUAUUUCAACUCCAGUGUUUACAGCAUCAUUACUGAGAAGAAAAACUGGACUAAGAGCAGACAGGACUGUAUACAGAGAGGAGCAGAUCUGGUGAUGAUUGACAGCGAACAUGAACAGAUUUUUAUCAGCAGAUGUUUUCCUAAUACCCAGGCCUGGAUUGGUCUGAACGAUAUAGACAAAAACGGAGAGUGGAUGUGGUUGGAUGGAACAGAACUGGUGACUGGGUUCUGGUGGAAUGGAGAUUCCUAUGAUUAUGCUGAAAAUGAAGACUGUGUUAUAACUGGCUACACAAACUCUCUGUUGUAUAACUGGGAUUUUUCUCCCUGUGAUAACUCUGUUGUUGGGAUUUGUGAGAAAAAAAAUGGUGCCCCCUAAAUGCAUGUCCUUAAUAAACUACUUACCCAUCUGACUUUAUUAAUAAAUUUGAUUAAGUUAGGCAUCCAUUCUUUAGCUAUUUUAAAAUUGUUUGUUGUUCAUAAAUUUGCUUUAGUUAUUCUUCUGUAUAACAAUAUAUGGUCACUAACGACAAUAUGUCAUAGUGUAAAGUGUAUUUUUGUUUUCAUAAACUAAAAUGACAUUUACUGUAUGUGCAUAUUACAGCAUAUCCAUUGUUUUGUUUGGUUGCUUUUUAUUAGCCUGUAAUAAUGAACAUU